GCGAUCUGUUCAUCAUGCUAAGACUUAUUAGCUAAAUGACAUUGUAUCUUAUUGUGCAGAGCCUACUUCAUCGACUCGUCCUAUAACACCUUACCGGAAUGAAAUGAAUUAUAUUUCGGCGAUUGCUCGCUAUGAUUUCAUUAUUUACAACUCGCAUUAGACUAUGGAAAAUCAAUAGUUUUAACUUGCUUGGUGAGCUCAGUGGAUAGCUGGGUGUGUGCAGGUCGCAAGAAAUACACUGUUCUAAAUGACAGUUUAGCCAAGGCAUGAUCUCUUCAUGGCUUCAUAACCAAAAGUGAAUAGCUUGCUCACAACUUCAGUUUAACUAAUUUACUUUGACGGUUUACAUCUCAACAACAUGGACAACCGAUGCUUCAGCUGUGCUUCCAAGUUCACCCUCUUCAAAAAGGAGUUAGGGUGCAAGAACUGUGGACGUUCCUUCUGCUCUGGGUGUCUUAAUUUCAGUGCUUUGGUGCCACGCUGUGGAAACACCCAACAGAAGGUCUGCAAGCAAUGCCAUGGCAAUCUCACAAGUGGAGGCAAUACGAACAAUUCUGCCAAAUGGUCCCCUCCUGAAAACUACAAGAAGAGAGUUGCUGCUCUGGAAGCAAAGCAGGGACAGCAAGGGGCACCCCUUAGACCUGGGGCCAGCAAGAGUAGUACCUCAGGCCUCCCAGUGACCAGAGGGUUGAGCAAAGAAGACCAGGCCAUCGCUGAUAGGCUGCAGAAGCUGAAGGAGGAUACUAAACCAAGUGAGAGAAUUCCAAAGACCAUACCAUCAGAGAAAGAAAUUGAGUCACGUUUGGCUGCCCUGAAGGCACCAACAAAGGCUGUGCCCUCUUCCCAAGAAAUGGAGGACCGUCUUGCUGCCCUACAAGGCAGACCGAAGCCAUCACAGGCCCCGCCAUCUUUCCAUCAGCCUCCUGAUUCCCGUACUCAGACGGAGCAAGCCAGUGAUCUGUUAAAACAGCUCUCUGAGGAAGUUUCCAUUGACAACGAGCAACGACCAGACUCAGAAGGUGUGGAUGGCCCCAUGAAUGACCUGAACAAGAUGGCGGCGGGUCCGUUUGAGGAGAACCUGGAUGACCCGCAGCAGGCUGCCAAGCAGCUGGAGGCAGAGAAGAGCCGUCUGCUGGCUGAGGCCAUGGAGGAGCUGAAGCAGGAUCGCUUCGGUCAGGAGCACGCGCUCCAGAUGGCCAAGAGGCUGGCUCUACUCAAGGGGCAGGACCCUGAGAAGGUCACUAUGCAGGAUGUUCAGUGUCCAGACAGUGACGAGGAGUCUGAGGAGGAGGCCAUGAAGAGGCUACUGAAACGGCUGUCUGAAGAAGCAGCUUUGGAUGAGGCCUCUGGAUACAAUAUCCUACCAGAACACAGUGGUCCACAGAACACGGAAAAGUCUGCUUCAGGCAAGAUGAAGUCUUCCAGGGCGAGUAAGACACCUGCAGCUCCGGCCGCAGUUGCCCGGGUUCAGGACUCUGACAGCGGGGACUCUGACUCUGACGAGCUGCCCUGGUGCUGCAUCUGUAACCAAGACGCCACCCUCCGCUGCCACACCUGCGACAGCGACCUCUACUGCCAGCGCUGCUUCAGAGAAGGCCACGAUAAGUUUGACAGAAAGGAGCACCGCACAGCCAGCUACCAGGCACCACGGAAACCAAAGAAGAAGACCUGAAUUAUGUCCGUGGCUGACAUUGGGCUCAGCAGGUCGCAUUUGAGGGAUGGACCUCAAGAAGGCCGCACUGUACUGCCUCUGAAAUGUUGCAGUGUCUCUGCAGUGCUGUACAUCAGACCCAGACAGCCUAUCUGCAGUAGGCAGAGGGAGAGACUCUUAUAGCAUCAUUAAUCUACUACAAUAUACGCUCUAGAGCAGGGGGUUCCCAACCCUGUUCCUGGAGAUCUUCCAUCCUGAACGUUUUCAUUUCAACCUAAUUUGGUACACCUGAUUAUAUGAAUUAGCAGCACAUGGAGAUCUCUAGCUGUUGAAGAAUGUGUGCUUUGUGAGGGUUGGAGUGAAAGCUAAAGGGCGGUAGAUCUGCAGGAACAAGGGCAGUAGUGUCAGAGUUUGCAGUCGCUAUAGGUGGUUGCUAUAUCUUUGCAGGCUCAGAUACCCAUAGUGUACUGUACAGUAUAUUGGCGUGAUGAUGAAUAUAAGGUUUAAAUGGCAAUAGCAGUUGGGUCUAUGGUUGAAUUGCAGCAUUAACUAACUGUGUUCUUAGCAAGUAUCAUAAUCCUAAU